AUGCUCAAAACCGAAAAUGGUGAUCAUGUUGGUGAACUUAUUAGAAAUGAUAAAGCAUCAUGUUUAGGUUGCUUCGAUGGUAUGGGAGGAAUUCUUGGGCAUGCCGAUUAUCCUGACAUUAACAAAAACGCAGUUGAAAUUCAUUUAGAUAAAGAUGAAGAUUGGGAUUUAACUACUACCACAUUGUCAGGCAAAACUAAUCUACUCCUAGUUCUGGUACAUGAAAUAGGACACGCAUUAGGAUUAGAUCAUAAUAAUGAGUUUGAUUCUAUCAUGUUUCCCAGUUAUGGAUUCCUUCAUAUUGAAAAUUUUAGAUUAAGUCAGUAUGACAUUCAUGCGAUACAGAAAAUUUAUGGGAAUUCAAGUUACGCACAUAAAGUAUCCACUACUACUACUACUACGUUAAAACCUACAACCAAAAUUGAAACCACAACGUUAAAACCUACGUCUAAAAUUGAAACUACAUCCCAUGAAACAUGA